AUGGAUCCCCAGGGACUUCAACUUCUUGCAGACGACAUAAGGAAGGUGGUGGACUACUACGACUACACGAUUAACGAGUCGGUUUUCUUUGCUCUUGACGAGCGUUGCGGUCCUCACACCUGCGAUAGAUUUGCCUGCCAUUACAACGCGAAGCGUCCGGCAUUCAAUUCCCACUUCUACCAGCCUGGGUCAUCCGGUGUCAACGCCUUUGCUCAAGACUGGUCCAAGGCCGAUAACUGGCUCUGCUUUCCUGUUUGUUUGACAUUAAAAGUUAUCAACCACUUGCAUGCUUGCAACGCUGCUGGUACUCUGGUUGUUCCCAUUUGGAAGUCAGCGCACUUUUGGCCAAGCCUUUGUUUCGAUGGCUUACACUGGAGCGGUUUCGUCCAUGAUUGGAUUAUUCUUCCCAAUCUGCCGAACUUGUUUGUCAGAGGCAAAGCCAAGAAUUCAAUUUUUGGUCGAGGUCCGCUCGAAUUCUCGCUCUGCGUAUUGACUUUAGUAUUCCUCGAAGGCAAGGCCAAGCGCUCAUUUGCGACGCUUUUCGUGUUCCCAUUAUUUAGAACAGGUUGCCGUUGGUUAUAAGCUUAACGUUAACUGUUAUUGACGUUGCUUUGCAUUCUUAGCUGGAAGUCGCUCAAGUUGGUUUCAUGAGCACGGCCUAGAGGCCCCCUAGACACGCACUUGAGGGGUGUUUUCUUUUUGUCCUCAUUCAUUUUCAGUUGAGAAUUGUCGAAUUUUGUUUUAAGACCACGGACUGGGGGCCUCUUGAGAAUCACCCCUUCAGUGGUUUGCUUGCGAGUCUUUCAUUUUCAGUAGAAAACUGUUGAAUUUUGCUUUAACUGAAUGGUCUGGAGGCCCUUGAGACACAACCUGGAAGGGUAUGCCCUUUGAAGGCAGUAGGUUUCGUUAUUGCUUGUAUCAUGCCUAAAAUUAGUUUUACCUAUUUGUUUUUCUAGUGUCAUAUCGGCUAUUGAUACUUUAAUAGGUUUGCCCCGAGUAACCAUGUAUAAUGGUUAG